CCCGCUCCAUGCGGUCCCGCCCUCCUGCCCAGCUGUCCUCUCUUGGGGCGCUUGGACCCCCCACUCCGGCCUGGGUCGGCGGCUAGCGGCCGGGUGGGGGGCUUGGCUGAAGGGCGGGCCUCCCUGCGGAAAGCGACGUCACGGCCGUUCCUGCAGUGUGAAUGAAUCAAAAUGCCUGGGUGACCGCGGCCUCCCGGGCGGCCGGCACGCGAAGGGUGGAGGGGGAGGGGGAGAGAAGCGGGCGGGGGAGGGAGGAGGGGAAAAAAGCCAGAGCUGCAGCAACAGCGUCUCCUCAACCCGGGAUGUGCACCAACCCGGGAGAGCGAGAUCAAAGGGAUUUGAAACAGACUGAGGACUGGCGGGGGGAGGGGGCCAGGCAGCCUGUGGAAUCCUCCCGGAGAGGCGGAGGGUCCGGCUUCCACAGUGACUUCGGCGGUCUGGUUGGGUUUUUUAUUAUUUUCAAAUUUCUGAAUACAGCUUGAGCGAGAGAGCGAGAGAUCUCCGUAGACUGCGACUCCCUGGCUCUCGCUCGGAGAUGAUGCAGAGCGCAGCUGUCCCCGCGGAGGGGGCUGUCAAGGGGCUCUCGGAGAUGCUUGGUGUGCCGAUGCAGCAGAUCCCCCAGUGUGCUGGCUGCAACCAGCACAUCCUGGACAAGUUCAUCCUGAAGGUCCUGGACAGACACUGGCACAGCUCCUGCCUCAAGUGUGCCGACUGCCAGAUGCAGCUGGCUGACAGGUGCUUCUCCAGGGCCGGGAGUGUCUACUGCAAAGAGGACUUCUUCAAGCGCUUCGGCACAAAAUGCACAGCCUGCCAGCAGGGCAUCCCUCCGACCCAGGUGGUCCGCAAGGCACAGGACUUCGUCUACCACCUGCCCUGCUUCGCCUGCAUCAUCUGCAACCGGCAGCUGGCCACGGGGGACGAGUUCUACCUCAUGGAGGACGGGCGGCUGGUGUGCAAGGAGGACUACGAGACGGCCAAGCAGAACGAUGACUCAGAGGCGGGAGCUAAGCGGCCCCGGACCACCAUCACAGCGAAGCAGCUAGAGACGUUAAAGAAUGCCUACAAGAACUCCCCCAAGCCCGCCCGGCACGUGAGGGAGCAGCUGUCCUCGGAGACAGGCCUGGACAUGAGGGUCGUGCAGGUUUGGUUUCAGAACAGGAGGGCCAAGGAGAAGCGGCUGAAAAAGGACGCGGGCCGGCACCGCUGGGGGCAGUUCUACAAGAGCGUCAAGAGGAGCCGGGGAAGCAGCAAGCAGGAGAAGGAGAGCUCCGCGGAGGACUGCGGCGUCAGUGACAGUGAGCUGAGCUUCCGAGAGGAUCAGAUUCUCUCAGAACUUGGCCACACCAAUAGGAUUUAUGGCAACGUGGGGGACGUUACAGGCGGACAGUUAAUGAAUGGGAGCUUCUCCAUGGACGGGACAGGACAAUCCUAUCAGGACUUGAGGGAUGGGAGCCCUUAUGGGAUCCCCCAGUCUCCAUCCUCCAUAUCGUCCCUGCCAUCCCACGCCCCUUUGCUCAAUGGGCUGGAUUACACGGUGGACAGUAACUUGGGCAUCGUUGCGCACGCAGGGCAGGGAGGAAGCCAGACGCUGAGAGCCAUGGCUGGGGGACCCACCUCUGACAUCUCCACAGGAAGCAGUGUAGGCUACCCCGACUUUCCAACCAGCCCAGCCUCUUGGCUCGACGAAAUGGAUCAUCCUCCUUUUUAAGCGCCUCUCCUCCCCACCCUACCUGUCCUUCUGGCUUGAGAGAGUAUCUUCAAGGAUCAAAAGAGACUUGCCUUUAAGGAUCAAAAGUGCGCCAAUGUGAAUUUCCAUUAUUUUCAAUGGAAGUCCUCUGCCGAUCCCCGGGGAGGUUGUGGGACCCCACUAGGGCUUGUUUUCCUGGGACGCGGUGGGAGAGCAGCCUCCUCUCAGAACACAGCACAGGGGCGCAGAGCCCAGAGCGCUAGGGUGCUGGCUUGCUGGCUCCUCCCCGUCCUGCUUACAGGCUUUGGCUGCUCAGUGCUUGGUUGAUGGGCGACUGUGGCCGGCCACCUUGGCCUUUGGGAACUCGGCUCUGACUGGAGGGUCUCACGAGAUGCCUCCCGAACCACUGGUCUCACCAGAACCGAGAUUUCCAAGGUAGAGGCCUCAUGGCCCUUGAGUAUUGAUAAAAGUGAUUUCAGGACCACCCUUAUUGAACUCCCACUUUCAGAGUGAAAAGUCACUCAUUAAAAGUCAGUGAAAAACUUUGAUGGCCACCGUUUGAUAUCAAAAACAUUCUCCCUUCUCUCUGUUGCUUUUUUUCUUUUUUCUUUUUGCUGUGAAACAUAUGACCUCUUCCCUACCCAGAAGUACACGCCAGAGACUCUUUGUCAGUUUGGGUUGUUAUGAAAUCCCACCCAUAGCACUGAAUCCCUGAUGGCAAGAAGUGGUUUUCAUUGCAGGUGACUCUGAGGCUGGAGCCGAGUGGCCCUGGACCGUCACAGCGACUGCCUGACAAGCUCCCUGGUGCACAAUGUGCCUUUUUAAUUUGCUUGUGUUAUUUAUCCACAAGACAGGCUGUGGGUUCCAAAAUGAUCAAAGCUAAAAUAUGGAGAGGACAGAACGACAAUCAGGGAAAGCAUUUGUAGACAUUUGGAUUCCAAACCUGCGGUCUGUUUAGCCAAAUCAGCAGAUGCCAGGCUCCCAGCGUUCUCAUCCAGUAGGGUGAAAUGAUUUUCUGUUGUGAGGGAGUUGGUUUUGAUGAGCUGGGUCAACCCACUGUCCCUCCUGCCCCGCUACCUGCAGCCAACCCUUGGCAGCCCUUUGAACAUGAGAGCUCUCUUCUGUGCUAGCUGAGGUGAUGGAAGGACACCUUUCGUCUCUUUCAAGUAUCAGCAAUGCUUUUUGGCCUGUCUUGGUUGGGAGGAAGCAUGUAGGGAGCAGCCCUCACAUUGUCCAAAGGGUUGCAAGUGGUCUUGGGCUGCAUCCCUCUGCGUUGCUGGCCAGACUUAACAUAUCCCUGUGCUGCUCUAGUCCUGAGCCCGGAAAGGCAGAGUCCUAUGGCCAGUGGCUGUGCAGAGACUCAGCUUGUGGGUUCGCAGUGGUACAUCACUGAGACUGAGGCAAGGGCAAGGCCAGCCCCUGCUUUCUGAGCUGCUGUCUCUGCCACGGACUGCACUUCUACAGGAAAUACCAUUGUAAAUGGUGCUGCAGCUCCCCCCUUAUGCCACACAUCUGUCGGUCAGGAAGCUUUCCAUGUGCACCCUGGCAUGUGGCCAGGAGGAAUUGAUUUUGGUCCCCUGGGGAGAUGGUGGUUUGCUUCUGUGAGCCUCCCAUUCUCUUAAACAAGAUCAGCAGAGUGGGAAAAGGGUAAGAAGGCCUUGCCUUUCUUUUGCAGCAAGUGAUGGGGCCAAGGACCCCAAGGACCCUUCCUUCUGUGAGUGGGUUGGAGGACCACAAAGAUUUAGGGCUAUGGUAGGCAGAUGAAAGGAAGAAAUAAACACUUCCUUUUGGGAUGCCGCAUCUUCUAUAAACCCCUUUCCAGGACUGAACUCAGGUCAGUUAAGCUUCUUGAAAGUACGCUGUCAGUAAAUUUCUGGCUCAGCCUUCUGGCCUCCAUUCCCUGGUCAGUUUUGUAGUGUACCCUUCUUUUUUGAUGUGCUUGAUUGUCCUGACUUUUUGCUUGAGGAGCCUGUAAAUGUAGGCUCUGGGUGAGGAAUGACGGUGUGUUCCAUCUGAUUCUGUGCUAUUAUGAAUUCCCCAAUCAUGUGAGUAUUUGGGGUCGGGGUGGAGACAGAAAGGCAAGGUAGCAGGUGAACAAGCCAUGUGAAGAAAAGGAAAAAGGCUAAUGUCUUUUGGAGGACAAUUUAAGUGCACUCUUCUUGGCAGGCUGCUCACAAAGCACAGGAGAAAGGCUGUUAAAAACCGUCCCUCCCAAACCGAUGAUUUGGCGUCGUUAUUUCACGGCACCUCCAGAGCGCUUUGUGUUGGGGUGAGCACAGUUUGGGGAGAGCAGGCUCUUUAAAGGGAGUGGCCCCUUCUGUGUAGCACGACUUUUUCCGAUCAGGUGAGAUUGACCCGUUUUUGUUUCUGUGGAUGGGUUCAUCAAGGUCACUCCCUAUUCCCUGGGAGAUGUGGGGGUGGGGGUGGGGCGGG